CAAGCGUCAUCGCUAUUAACACCAGGAAGUUUGCGUUUUGCUGUCAAUAGACGCAGGAUGGAAAGCUGUGCUGCUCAUCUUUGAAAGGGUGGAUUUUUCCCUUAAUGGUACCGUAGAGCACCAUGGGUAACACAGAGAGUGUGGUGGUGCAGAAGCGGCUGGCCCGCUUCCGCCCCGAGGAGCGGCCUGUGGUUGAAGGGGUCUUCGACAGGCUGCAGGGCGGUGCUGGGGGUCCAUCAGGAGCCCCCGGGAAAACACCAGCAGGGAAGACUCUCACGCUUGAGAUGCUGCAGUCCUCAAUGGGCAGCCUGGUACCAGACUCCAUGGUGAGGAGGGUCUACCUGUGCAUGUGUAGUAUCGACCUUGGCCUGGCAGCACCCACAGCUUCUGGGAAGUCCAGCACCUCUGCUCCCUCUGGUGUAGGUCGAGAGCAGUUGGUCGUCUUCUUGGCAGACACCCUGCGGGGCACUGCAGAAGAACGAGCUCCUCUCGUUAUGGCCAUGUCCCACCGUGGAGCAGGGCCAGCAACUGUUGUCACAUGUGAGCAGGUAGCAGAGUUCUUACAGGACCUGAUAUCUGCUGUAGUUCAGAUUCUGGUCCACAGAGGGCGUCUGCAGGGCUGGAAGCCAGAGAGAAUGGGUGAUGGCUCCCUGGGUGUCAAACUCCUGGCAGAGCAAAUGUGUUCUGAGCUCAAACCCUCAGAUCAGGGAGGUUGCGACGUGUCCUGCCUGGAGGACUGGAUCUUCAGGGUCUCCCAGGUAUCGUUGUACCUGGAGAUGCUGGUAGCUGAAAGCCUAAAUGUGUCCCUGAGUGGCAGGCCGGCCCCCACCCUGCUGCCCCCCUGCAGGGAGACGCCCUGGAAAGAGUUGAGGUGUCUGCUGGACCUUCCCACCCUCAUGUUUCUGGCACCACAGUUGCCAGACACCUACAGCGCCCCCUGGAGAUGUGUGUUUUCCACACGGCUGCACGGGGAGAGCUUCACCAGGAUGGUCGCCGGCCUGACAAAGCGUGGGCCCACCCUGCUGCUUAUCAAAGACACAAAGGGGCAUAUUUUUGGGGGCUUCGCCUCCCACGCCUGGGAGGUCAAACCUCAGUUCCAGGGUGACUCCAGAUGCUUCCUGUUCGCUGUGUUCCCCAGACUGAGAGUUUAUACAGCAACAGGAUACAACCAACACUUUAUGUACCUCAACCAGAAUCAGCAGACCAUGCCCAACGGACUGGGUAUGGGCGGCCAGCACGGUUACUUCGGUCUGUGGUUGGACAGUGACUUCGGUUGUGGUCAUAGCCGCGCACGGCCCAAGUGCACCACCUAUGGCAGCCCUCAGCUCUCUGGAGAUGAGGACUUCACCCUGGACUCAAUGGAAGUGUGGGCGGUUGGAAAACCCCCAGAACCAGAGGAGGGCGAGGAGGGGGAGGGCAAGAAGAGUAUCCUGGAUGUGGAUCCAGAGGUUCAGGCGAUGAUGGAGAUGACAGGGAAGACUCUGCACAGUCAGGGCCUCAGGGAGCCGGAGGAAGACCAGGAGCAGUGAGGGGCGAUAGGGAGAUACACCAAAACACUUUUACCAUACUGAGGCUCCCAGUCCACCUGGCACUGACACAAGUUUAUCAUCUGACAUAACUGGAUAACAUUUACAUUUGACUUUUACAUUUCUCUUUCCCUACCUUUCAGUCUGUUUGGACCCGUUCACACACCAACUGAACAUCUUCUUCAGAUGUUGAAGAUGGUGUUGGCUAUAGAAGACAUCAUUACAACAUUAACCAGGCUAACAAAGCCUAACUACGUCUAAAGGCAGGUUUUAAGUGGUCUGUUAAGUCCGAUCUGACCCUUUCUAGGACAAUUCAAUGCCAAGAAAGGGACCAAUGUGUCAGGGGUGUAUUCACACUUAUCUCCAGCAAGCUACACUGGUGUUUGAGAGAAGAAAACUGUUUUGAUCUUGAAAAAUCUAUCAGAGAUGAGGCAGCGAAACCAAUUUUUUCACCAGCAAUAGGCUUAGUCGACCUGAACGCAAUGCAUCCACAUCAUCUCUAUUGAAAUCACUAACUGAAGUUUGUAACAGUAACAGUAAGUUACACCAUUAAUAAUUAUGUAUAAUGAUAAAUUCAUACUGGGAAUGAUCCUGAAGGUCUGGGUUUAAAGUGUAGUGAUAGAUUAUUUAUUGUACAGUAUUAAAAACCUUCCAGGAUUAGGAGACACAAUCUGACACGAGUGUGUCAGUCAUCCUCUCCAGCCUCCUCACAUUCUGAGCCACAACAUCUACUGUAUGUGUGAACAUGGGACUAAUGUAAAGAUCCUGCACAAGUGGUUUAACCGUCUGAGAAGCUUUGGAGUUAUUCAGGGAAUUUCUCGAAUACAAGAGGAUACAUCAGUUGUUUGUUCAAAUACCAGAGGUAUUGUAAGUACCCUCCUCAGACGGACAGCUGUGGAUAAGCUUCAUGAAUACAAGACACAAAAAACUCCUCUAACUAUCCGUUUAUACUGACUGGAUGCACCUCUGGAUUUUUUCUUUUGUGAAAGUCUAUGGCUUGUUAACCCUCAUGAUGACCUAGACAUUAAAUGAGAGGUUGUUACUAAGUCAUUGGACAGACAACUCUAAUGAAUCAACAGACAUGAAGUAAUAUGAUCACAAUUGUGCAGUUAGAAACUUUCUGCCUCUUACGAUCAUGUCAUAGAAUACAGUGUAUGAUGGAGGAUUUUCUUCGUGUGUGUGUGUCUGUGUCUGCGUAGUGAAUACAUUAUGACAGUGUGGCUUGUAUUAAAGUAAGAGGGCAUCUGGACGGUGCACCUACUUUCACUUGUGUUUCUCAGUUGUGUGAACUGUGGUCAUGUCUGACUGCCAGACAGGCUGUAAAAUGUUGUCAUUAACAUGAACGACAAUAUCUCAAUAUCAACAUUCUGACAUCUCUAAUUGUACUGAUACAAACGCCUGCUCAGAGGCUGAAAGGCAACACUGUAUUCAGCCCCCUCCUCCUCUGUUCUGCUAUCAUGCAAAUUACUGAGGAAAGUAAAGUAACAUGCAAAUCUAUUAUAUAAUCUUACAGCAAUUCACACAGUGGCAUGAAGGACAUGGCUCCAUAAAGAAUGUUUAUACUUGUCCUUUUAUUUGUGUAUGGAAAUCAUUUUAUUAUUUUAUUCCCAGAAAUGUGACUAUAUUUUCAGCCACUGGAUCACUUCAUCAUAAGAUCUUCAUCACACUUGUUCCCCCCUAGCCAGAUGGAAUGCUGUUUAUAACCACUGUGCACAUGUUGUAUGGAAUUGUAUGGCCACCUUAAUAUAUCAACCAAUCAAUCAACAAACUUGUACAGUACAAUACCUUUCAUACAGGUUAGGGCAGGUAAACGUUCUUUACAGGCCUAUGACAUAUGUACGGACAAGAUGUCAUGCACUAGUGUAUAUAUUCAUGUAUUUGAAAUUAAUUUAUUUCUAUACACUGCUACAUUAUUUUUCUAUAUGAUCACAUAUUUCAUCUAUACUCAGCCACCAUUCA